AAACAUCUGUAAUUCUAUUAAUUUCUAAAGAUGACAAAACUUUUUUGUAGUAUCUUUUUCACAAAAAGAUGAUGCAGAAUUAUCAUUUACUUGUAGUUUCCAUAUCAAAGUAGUUGAAAACCAAAAAAAUUGAUUCCAUAUUUUUCUAGCAAGAAAAAAUGUCAUUUACCGGAACUACUGAUAAAUGCACUGUUUGUGACAAGACCGUGUAUUUUUUGGAUUUGUUAUCUGUUGAUGGAGUAACAUAUCAUAAGUCUUGCUUCAAAUGCAGCCACUGUAAAGGAACUCUUACGAUGAGCAACUACUCAUCCAUGGAUGGCACCCUUUACUGCAAGCCUCAUUUUGAACAACUUUUCAAGGAAUCUGGGAAUUUCAGCAAGAAUUUCCAUACAUCCAAGCCUGAGAGAGAAAAUUCAAUGACCAGGGCUCCUAGCAAGCUUUCUUCCUUGUUCUCUGGAACCCAGGAUAAGUGUGCAGCUUGUCAGAAAACUGUUUAUCCAUUUGAGAAGAUUACAAUGGAGGGAGAAUCAUACCAUAAGCCAUGUUUCAAGUGUGCUCAUGGAGGGUGUCCUCUUACACAUUCAUCUUAUGCCGCACUUGAUGGGAUUCUCUACUGCAAACACCACUUUGCUCAACUCUUCUUGGAGAAGGGUAAUUACCGCCACGUGUUGGAGGCCGCUAAGAUUAAAAGCGCAGUAGUGCCUGUUGAACCAGAGGAGGAACAUGCAGCAGAGGGCACGUCCGAGGAAAAGGCAGAAGAAGCACCAGCAGAAGAAGCACCAGCAGAAGAAGAAACUGAUGAGCAGAAAUCAGAGGAGUCCUAAAUCACUACACUGCAUAUGCAUUCACCAGUCAUAUAUACUGGUUCAGUUAAAUAUUUGUUAUAUUAUUUAUCCUUUAAAAUUUUGAUCAAAUUUCAACUUUGUAAACUUACACAUAUAUGUAUAAUCACAAGUGAUUUGUACACAACAUGAAUGCAGAGAUGCACAAUAUACUUUGUUUUUGCUUCAUCAUUUAAUAGUGUAAUGUAACUCGUAUAUUUAUU